UCCUCUUUGCUAACAAGAUUCCUGUCAUCAGAAAAAGAAGAGGUUCUAGUGUUGAUUCGUCCGUUUCUGGUGUGAGCUCGUUCAGUGCCGCAGCUGCAAGCAGGAGACGAACCUCAAUGCCCCUUCUUGGCCUGCCAAACAGAGUAAGUGCUGUUUUGUGCUGCCUUAUUUUGUUUUACAGUUUGUUUUACUGAUUGUUUGUUUUAUUUCCAGAGAAAGUUUCUUUGUAAUUAGUAGACAAAUCAUAUCUUAGUUGCUUCAAUUAUCUGCAUAUGCCCAAGACUAUGGUUUAUUCAUCGGCAACAAGGUUGAAAAUCACACCAAGUAAAAUUAUUAUCAAGAUAUCUUAAAGUCAGUUAACAUUAAUGGUUCUAAAUUAGCAAUUUGUCACUCAACAAAAGUUCUAGAAGGUUUUUCUACAGUUAAUCCUGUCUACUAGCUUAUGUGCUAGGUAAAAUGACAUUUUAUCAACCGACAUACCAGUCUUCAUAAAUUCUUUAAAUUUGAACAUCUGCUUUGGUAUGUAAAAGCAGUUUUGUUUUGUCUGGCUUUUAUAUUCAACCACUCAAACAACAAAGAACUUCUAUCCUGGUCUGAAUUUCUUCCUUUUCAAGAUGUUUCUUCAUUUGAUAUCAUUUGUUUGAUAUAAUUCUUCAAAAAAGCAAUGCAUGUGUGUAGGUAUGUUUUCUAGCCAGCUAUAACUUAAUCUGUUGGAAAUGUCUUCUAGAUCAGAAUUUGUAGUUAAUGUUUAUAAAGCCAUGGAAAAUUUCUUAACAUUAUUUGAAAAAUUUGGAAUUUGAAUCAUGCAAGUUGCAAAUUAGAGGAGAUCUUUAUAUUGCUAUCAACAAUGUUUUUGCAUCAGCAGAAUACUAAAACCAGAUCCUCUUUGUGUUGGUCUUGUGUGUGAUGAAUAAGCAAUUUUUUAAAGCUUCAAGCAAUUUGUAAGCCUCACAAUACAUGUACACAGCAGCAUUGCACCUUGCAGAGUGCAAAAUCCAGUCUUGCCACGUUUUUCAUAAUACUCAAACAAUUCAAUUUGCCUUAAGUCAUUCUUUGGUUUAUGGUACCUGUUAUUCCAAAGUAUUGUACAAUAUCUGAAACAAGUUAAAUUAAAUCUUGUUUUAUAGUUUAUGAAUAAGCAAGGUAGUCUAUUGUUAAACUUCUCCAGAUUUCAAUAAAAAGAUAAUACCAAUUUCAAUGUUUGUGAAGAAGAUUUUCUUUUUCUGUUAUUCAUGAUAAUUUUUCAUUGAAAAGAUACGAUGCAAUAGAAAUGCAUGUGAAAAAGUGGUUUCUAGUGAGACUAUCUUUAUAAUGUUUUCAAAUUGUUUAUAUGAACAGGUUAUUGGGGAAUCUGGACAACAGUUGAAUAUUUUAAAAUUGAAAAUUGAUAUUUUAAAAUUAGUUAAACAAGUAAUGUUGGGUUGGUUUCUCUUAUCAAGGAGACAGGUUGAAAGUUAUAUAACCUAAUGAAUGACCUUGUUAUAGAAAGUUAUUCAGGAUAAAUAUACAUCUAUUAAUCAUUAGUUGUCUGUUUAAGCUCUUAAAAUAGUUUAGCAAAAAAUUUUUCAUUUUUAUAUAUCAUAUAUAUUUUUUUUAUUAUUUAUUUUUCUUUCAUUUUUUCACUACAAGAAUACCUAUAAAUGAAAUUUUUUGGUUUGAGCCAAUAUCAUCAGCACUGGCAAUGAAGCAAUGGUCUGCCUAUACUUGAAAUAGGUUUAAUGUCUUGACCUUUUUUAAGCCCUUCUAGGUCUCAUUGAGCACUCAGUAAAAGAGUUAAGAAAGAAAAUCAAAGUUUUAAAAGGACAAUUUACUAUAUACAAUUUUAAAAAUAAAUUUUAUAACUUUAUAGGCAUUUUUAGAAAUUUAAAUGCUGUACUAGGAAUUAGCUUCAAUUAUGUAAAUGCAUUAUUUAUUUUUGUUGCUAAAAAUAUUAAGUUACAUAAAAAAUUAGGUUAAUAAUGAAAACAAACUCAGGUGUAGAACCAUUUACAUGAUUUGGAUGAGGGGCAUUUACAGAGAAAUAUAAAUGACACAAGCCUUGAUGUAACUCCUGCCCAGGAUCUCCUAAGAUGCUCUUAUAAGUUAAGAUUCCAUACUUGCUGCCCACAUAGAGUGAUAUAAUGGUGAUUUGUUAAGCUUUUUCACUGGGGUCCCACUAUGAUAUUUCUUUUUGUGGUUACAGGUACCAAAAUAUCUAUUUUAGCAAGUUACAACAAAUAUUCAUAAACAUCAAUUUGACUAAGUCAAGUCUUUAUCUUAGAUUGUGACCAUAAUUUUAAAAAACAAUCAAUACCUGAAUGCUUUUUAUUGAUUCAAGUUAUGCUCAAUCAAAGUUGUAUGAGAACAGUCAGUUUGAAGCUGGUGGCUUUUAUGCUGUUGUUGUUAUUUAUGUUCAAGUUAAUUUUCCUUCUAUUGCAUGAAUAGUUUAAACCCCGGGGAUUCUGUUGCCAUGGUGUUAUGAUUUUUGAAUAUGCAAUGCAUGAAUUUCCAUUUCAAGAAAAUUAGGGGAGCAAGACAAUCAAGAUUCAUACAUAUAUGAAUCUGUUGUCCUUAUCUUUAUUAUCCAGAGAAUCCUCAUUUCAUUAAAGCAAGGCUGUCUACUCUUUUAGGAUAUUUAGUUAGAAUACAUCCCCAUAGUCACCUGUAUUUGUGUGCUAGUCAGCCAUGUUCUUGCAGCUUUUGCCAGUUGUGGCCCUUUUCUUUGGCAUUUUUAAAUUAACUUCUUACAUGAGUUUUUUCUUUGAAAUUUGUCUUUGUAAUAAUCUUUAAAUUAACCAUAUGAAGACACUAUGGAAAUCAAUAAAGCAAUGAUUCUUCAAGUUAAAUUUCAUCAUUUUGUUUUAGUUGCGAAAGACUUUCCGUCAACAUACAUUCACAUGCAACAUACAUUUAUAUAUUUUAUGCUUCUAAGACUUCUAAGAUAGCAAAAAAUUUGUUGAUGUUCUUGACUUUCUGGUAAUUGCAAGGUACUUGUGAAUGUUUUGAAUUUAGGUACUAGAUAUCAAUCAAUAGAUUUAGUUUUAGGUUUAGACCUAGAAGAUAUCCUAGGGUGCCAUGCUUGAAUCUGUUUAAUAUAUUCUGCAUUUUCCUCUGUUCAUAGAAACAUUGUUUACUACCAAACACUUUGCAUUGUUAUUCGCUACCAGUGCUCAUUGUCAUACAAAAUGGGAAUUUGAACUAUCAAGAUGGACUCAAGAAAAAUAGGGACAAGCUUUUCUUCAGUCAUUUUUGCCAAUAAAAUGUGCUUGUCGACUUUAAGUUCAUGUCAUACCUUACAUAGACUUAUGAAUAGAUUUUGUUCAUACCAGACCUUUCAGUGAAGUGACCAAUAGACCUGUCAAGGGGUGCUGGAGCAUUUCUCUUUUCUCAUUUCUCUAAGGUCAAAAAAUUUAGCAAUUCUCUUUUUUCCCUUUUUCUCAACACUUUGCUGCUCUUUCCUACAGCUCUUCUAUCAUUCCUGCUUCCUAAAGCCUAGUUGCGUUCGGAAUCUCAGUGUAAUAUUUGCAUCCAUGUUCCCACAAUGGGCACCAGUGUCUCUAUCAUUUAAUAUCAGUGUAGACAUGAGAGUUUUUUGCUUAGUCAAAACUAAAAUUUCAACUAGAAACACAUCAUUAGUUAUCCAUUAAGAGCAAUUUCCCACCACUGAAAUCUAAUUUAGCAAAGCUAGACAAAAAAAACACAAAUCUUGUAUUGCUUUCAUAGACUCAAAACAUCAUUUACAUGCUUCCUAUCCCCCCCUUUUGAAAAAUGCUGUUUUAUGCGAAGAGGUUUGACGUGGUCCAUGGAUUCACUUCAGAUAGCUAUGAUAUUUAACUUUCAAAAAUGAGGGGUAUGGUGUUGAUCUUUCUUUACCGGAAACCGUUUUUUUUUCAAAACAGCACUUAAGCGACUGGGUGUUCUAAGAAGGUUUAACACGGAUUGUAGCCAUUAUGUGCAUCUAUUUUCUCCAUUCUCUAUAAUUCCGUUCUUAUUUAUUUUAUUACUUCCGUUCUAAUGUAAUGGUUUCGAAUUCGUUAGAAAAAUUUUCUGAAGCUAAAUAUAUGUUCCCAUUAACAUUUGCUCAUUGUCUCAUUCUUUCAAGACGGGCCGGGGAUGGCAUCAUCGUAUUAUUUAUCUCCCAUCGUGUUUCUUGCGUUACUGUCAUUCUCCCGCGCAGCUACUGUCCAGUGCCUUCGCAGCUUCGUAGUUAGUGUCAGCAGGUUCAGAAUCAGACGUUUACAAAACGGAGCAAUCAGAUAAUUUAAACUCUCUGUUGGUAAUGUGGCUAGUCUCAUUUCUCGUAAAACAUUCUAGAUUUUCAAUUUAGAAAUUUGCCCAUGAAGUAUUAAUCAAAGAGGCAAUUCGUCUUGUGUAUUGUAAUUUUGUUGUUAGUUGGAAGAGUACAUCAAUAUUUGAAGAGAGAAAUUUGACAGUAUGUAAACUAAGGAAGAAUACAUACCUGUUGCUAUGUUUAUUUAGGUUGUGAUGUUUGGAUUGUAGAACCAAGAACACAUGUGCGUGCUCUCACGCAAGGACAUUCGCGCAUCAAGUAUACAUACAGCUUCUUUAUACACGUAUAAAUAUCGUCAUUUGUUCUUGUGCUUUAUUUUGCAGUUCUGUGGAAAGCCGAGAGCUCGGAUUGUAGCCUCAGAAAGGAGGGACUGUAUCAGAAACCGUAUAUGUUUCUAUAACUACCGAAAAUAGUUUUAAAGGCACUGAGAAGCUAUGCUUAUCGAGCAGUGUUCUGGUUCUUCCUCUCAAUAUGUACUUCACCUUGAUUAGCACAAAGCUUGCGUCUCUCAGCACUGAGACGGUAUUAGCCCCCUCCCCCAAUUAAUUUCCAGCAGCACUUUAGAAAAUCUUGGAGAGUAUGUCAAUCUCAAGGUCUUUGCACAUUGAAUAUGAUUCAGCCCCUUGAAGGCUUAGAGAAAGCUCAUUUUAGAUAUCCGCGUCCUUUUACUCUUUAACAUUGGUUGCAGUCUAGUACAUACUGCACAAUUCAUCAAGUAGUAAGAUAACCAUUUCUACUGAAAAUUCGUCUUGCUAAAACGUGGGUAUAUUGUCAGGAAAUGUGUUCACGAGAUGCACUGACAUUUUAUUUGCGAAUUUCAAUCCCCAACCUCUUUAUGGCUGAAAUGACGUCAUUCUUGCGCUUACCUUUAAGUCCCCAGCUCCUCUUAGUUAGCCCCCACUGCUUAUAUGGCCACCAUGUUCUUAUUUAGACCUGGUGGUAUGCAGUCAUUUUUCAAACGGGUCUCUUGUACAGUUUAGUUGAAAACUGUCGGACAGAUCAGCAGCGAGGCUUUGAAUUAGCCAGCAAGCAAGUCCACGGUCUGGCUUCUGAUCAGUGGCGGUGCCAAGGGGUGGUAUGGAGGGGUAAUUACCCCCCCACUCUUGUCGAAACAUAUUUCGUCUAAAAACGGAUUAAAAAGCACUAGGUAGGGGUAGAUCAUAUUUCCUAAGGAAAUUUUACCUGAUACAAAGCACUGAAACGAGGCAGAUAGGGCGUGGUCUCACGGGCAACACCCAUUACCCUCCCACUCUGCAGUAGCUGGCGCCGCCACUGCUUCUGAUCUAAGGUUGAAAAACCAUUUCGCAGCGCAAAUUAUUUGCACAACAUUUUGCAGCUCUUUGAGAAUAUCUUCUAUCUUAAGGGUCAGUGAGAGCACUAAGAAUGAAAUCCCCAUCAAGUGUUUAUUUAACAUCUGAACUCUUCAAGUGUGUUUUAGCUUAUAAAGGUGAAGUGGGAUCUGCCUUGAAAACUCCAUAUUCUACGCAUCUGUUUGUUUAUUAGCUUGUAACAUACUCUUCUUUAUGUCGACCAGUCUACGCUUAAAAUGUAUACUCAAUAAGAAGGAUCCCACCCUUUUUCCAACUUUUCACUGAUGGUAUUGCUUUGCUUAUGCUGUUACCUCUCCUAUUCUGUUAAACUUUUUGCUGUCUGUAAAGCUGUAUUUUACCUUUUACCUUCUAAAAACUUUUGAAGCUACCGAGUAAAUCUUUCUAAAUUUAUAAAUGCAAUGUUGCAGACAAAGAGACUGCAAUUUGUAACACGCUUUUUUUGCCUGAUGCUCCUCAGUAGUAUGAAACGCUUGACAAGUAAACAGAGGUGAACAGAAAUUUAUAUCCAGCUGCACGAGGCUGAGUAACAUGGCUCUUUAUUUCGACCAAUCGUCUGUCACUAAGCCCUCACAUGGCCGUAGAGUCAAGUGUAAAAACCAAUUCUUGUGUCUACUUGACAAAAGCAUCCAAUCAAAAGCUAUCAUUUCUCUGUGAAUCAAAAUGUUCAUCACUUUAUGUCUUGGCGCCCUAUAGAUUUUCGAGGAAGUUGCCUAUGGCUGUUUAAGUUUAUCUGGAUUUAAGAAAGGUCCUCUGAGGUAGUUGAAGCUUGAUUUACUAGAGUAUUUGCUAUCAAUUCUCUUUUACGGUUCCAACUAGAGAGAGUUUGUAAAGUUUGUCAAGUCUGAUGGUCGCGUCAUUUGGCACAGUUUUAUAUGCCUUUGCUGGGAUUGAAGUUUUCAUUUAUUACUAUUUUGCCUCUGUGUAGCAAAUCGCAUUUGUUGGUAUUUAUAUGUGUUGCUGGCUAUAGGCAGGAAAUGUUACUUUAGCGGUAUUUUUAUUUGUAAAGUUUUAUUUCUAAUUUAUAAAGUUUUAUUUCUAAGUUGAAAUCUUUUAUGUCAUUUUUAAUGGGAUGAAAAACCAGGCGAAUUGUAAAUUUCCACGCCAUUUUACACAGGUCAAUUAUUACCUCUCCCUGCUAGUUUCAUUUCGAAAGCGACUAACGUAAGACUUCGUUAUGGCUCAGUUUCGUGGCAUAUCGCAACAAAGGCAAGAAAAUUGUGGUUCCGUGACCGCGUAGAAGGCCAUUGGAAACCAUUAUAUGCAAGUCCCAACACUUGGACCGUGCCCUGUUUUUUUUUAUUUAGGGUUUGGCUCUUAGGCAAAAGAAGUGAUGGGAAAUUCCAUUGGAUCUGAAAUGCGAAGUCUUCGGUUGCGCUAUCAUUGCUUAAACCUUGCUGAAGCUGCAGAAUCAACCACUUUGAUUUUUUCGUCUUUUUGAUUUGCGACAAGCUUUGUUUUUCGCCCAGUUGCUUUGGUGUACUGCCUCACGUUACUUGCUUCACGUUGCAGCAAAACAGUUACCGUUGGCUCAAAAAAUCUUCAUUUCACAAGCCGGGUUCCUCUUUUUGCAGUAAGAGGGAUAUAGUUGAAGUCGCUAGGGUCAUCCGUCUGUGUUCUUAACGCUUCUUGUACGGAUAGAGUUCUUGAAAAAUGGCAAAGUGAUUUUCAGAAGUGCUCGAAGAGGAUAGGUCAAUUGCAUUUCGCAACCAGAUUGUCACUAACUGCCAGUAUAAAUCGCCGUCAAUUGGAGGCCUAACUAACUACAAAAUCAACACGAUGCCUUUGAAUUUUCUGGUAGGGUUUCUUAUUUGCGGAUUCCACUAGUGAAUAAGCCAUUUAGAUUUUUCCUUUAUUGUUUUUCGUAAUGGUUAGAAUAGAGCCCUGGCUGCGGGACUUGUUUGCCAUUUUUCAAAUCCGAGAGGACUUUAGCUUAAGCCACAGGCGCAAAUAACCGUCUUAUAUUAUACGAGUGAGAAACUCCGAGUAAGAAAAUCCGAGUGAGAAUCUCACUGUUCCCAAGUGCCAACUCGUUGUUUUUUAUAUCCAGAGGGAGCUUUAGGGGAGAGGGAGAGGGAGCUUCUCACCCCAUUUUCGGCAAGUGAUGGCCUAAAUGAAAGCGAUACCUUUUGGUCUUCAUUAUUUAAGAAUGGUUUACAAGGUGCUUCACGCAUCGAUGUAUGUUUCAGAAUUUCUCAAGCCUCUCGAAAUAUUGUGAGUUUGAAUGCAAGUGCAUGGAACCAGCUACCCAAUUCUCGAUUGUUUGCAGCGAUAAAAAUAUUCAUAAUUGGAAUUUGUCGUUAGUAGUACACAUCCCUUAACUGUUUCUGUCUUCUACAUGUAGGUUCCUUAUAAGGUCUUUCCUUAUAUAAGAAGCGUAUAAUCAAUUAAACACCUGCUGACUAAAGGUUCAAUGAUUUUCCGCACAGUAGACAAGCUUUCUAGCCUCCGGGCCAUCGACCUAUCCGGGCCAUAUACAAGUAUUCUAGACUCCGGGUCAUCGACCUAUCCGGGUCAUCGACCUAGCCGGGCCAUCGACCUAUCCGGGCCAUUGACCUAUCCGGGCCGUAUACAAGCUUUCUAGCCUUUAGAAUCCGGGCUUACUUUGAACCUUUCUUCCUUGGAGUUGUUAUUUUUAUAGAACAUUUGUGGAUUUUGGUAUGUGAUGAUUUGGGUAGAAGGUAACAAGGGAGCGUGCCCGUAUUUUUCGUGGUACAAUAUUUCCCCUUCAAAGUCCCAGCCUAUUUUAAAAGCCCCUCAAUAAGCGCCAAACGGGAAUUUCGGAACCUCGGUAUAAAUCCGAACUCUACUGAGCUCCGAGGCCUUUUUAAGAAUUAAACGACCUUUUUUCCGAAAUAGAAAAUACAGGGUCUUGACAGCCUUCACAGUGUUAAAGGGGUAUAAGGGUAAAAUCCCAGGCAGUCAUUCUCAGUUUUAAAGACAAAGCAUUGCAUUUGUUUGGUGAUAAGACUUAAGGUAGAUGAUUUGGACAAAUUGAAAAGUUUGAUGGGGAAUCUAUAAAUACGACCCUCUGCUUGGUUGCUUGAAACACUAUGUAUACUUUCGUAAAGCUUCCUUCAUCGAUGUCUUGCUAUGAAACUAGCAAUCUAAAAGCCUAAAGAGCGCGCCCUCUAAAAUGCGCCUUCUUGACGCCUUCUGUCCUGUUUCACCCUCUGUCCACUGUUCCUGUUUGUCGUAGUUUCGUUUAGGACAAAACAAGAGUGGUACCCUGACCUAACUUUGUCUUUUAAACCAUCAGAUCUUUAAAUCUAGCCCUGUCUUUUGCUGCCGCUGCACAGUAGCAUAGUUAUGACGAAAUCUAUCCUGCCCUUUCAGCUUGAGGAUUUUUAUUAACACCUUACAAAUGUCAAGUCAUUCUUCUCACUUGUGCAAAAAUCUAUCCUGUAUAGGGAUGCAAUGUUUGGGGAAGAGCAGCGGGCUAGAACCCCUUAGAAGCUCAAAUUGUUGGAAGGUUUCGGGAAUUUUGCAACUUUGUCAGAAGUUUUAGGAACUUCUACGGCGCCCCUGGUCCAACAGAAACCUUUUUCUAGGGAUGAUGAGAUUUUAAGUAGAUGAAGCUCAUAACUUUUUGGUUUUGUCCUUGCAAGGUCGAUUUGACAUUUUUUCCUGGAUACAAUUGUCUAUCAUUCGACGCGGAUAAUUCGAAGCGGAGAAACUUAUAAGUACUUCAGUCAAAGAGACACGACCCCCCGUCACAAUCACGCUCAUAAAAUAUUGAAAAACAAUUAUUUUGCGAAAGAGGCAGCUGCUAUGAUCGAUAACUCUGCUAUAAGCUGCUAAGGAUAGGAUACCUUCGAAGUUACUCGACUGCAGUUUAGGCCACCAUCAAAUCAGAUCAUCAGGAAAGAUGUCCUAGGCCAUUUCCCCUGCAAAUUGUCGUGUAGUGGGGGAAUGCGGCCGAAAACGUCAUUUUUGUCGUAUCUGUUGAAGGACCCUCGGUCAGAAUGAACUCGUCAGUGCAAGCAGAACGCGCUUGUCAAAUCCAAAUGAGAUCGAAGGGUUACGACAAAAGUUCAUGCUCUAACUUGCGGUCUUUGAGGCUUGAGACGCACAUGAAAAGUCGACUUACUGAUAAAACCACUCAGACCGAACGAAGCCGAAAACUCCGAUGGUCCGGUAGAAUUUUCAGGUCCUUCAAAAAGAGAAAAUCAAGUAUUGAGAGGGUGAGCCUUACAUCUGUUGACCUCACCACGCUUGGAGAAGCCCAUGGAAUGAUAGCCGACCUGUUGGCAGACUCUUCGCUGCCUCAAAGCGUCACUGGUGCGCUGCGAAUCAUCAGUGACAUGCUGUCGCCUUUACUGCAGCAGAGCUUCAACCGAAACUCGUUCUCGACAUCCUUAGUUACUGUAUUGGAAAAAACCCAAGUGCACGUGGAUGAGGCUAGUGUCAAAGAUCAGCCAGAUCUCAAGGACGACACGCCUUUGUCGCUGAAAAAUCGACUGACCAGGCAGCUAGGAGUUGGCGUUCGGCGCAUGUCAAGUAGUUAUACAACAACAACAUCAGCAACUGGCAUGCCAAGCCUCGAUAUCGAUUAUCGUCGGAAUACUCAGGUAAAUAACCAAGACGACCGUCGAAGUCGAACUCCCAGUCCGAAGGCAAAUCGCGCGAAAUCUUACGCUGGUAUAUAUAAUCGUCCGGAAAUUCGUCGUGAAUUCGUGAAAUCGCGGUCAUUUUGUCAGCCGUCGCCACCCGACGCGCGGAAGAAUUCGCUUUUAAAAGAACAAGAUGGUUCGAGUAGUAAAGACUCAAUAUUCAAAACAGAACUCUCAUGCUCAGAUUCAAAUUUUAUUGACGAUAAUAUUAACGAUAACAUAACAGACGAUGAAAUUUUCGAAACAUUGAAACCCGAAAUUUCCGGAGAUGAUAAACUGUCGGACACGGAAAAGCCCGUGGAAAGUACGGGCAGCGAAACAACUAAAGCGGAAAAAUAUUCAACGACGAGCGAAGCUACACCGGUUAAACUGACCGAUGAACCAUGCACGAAAACGAUAUUAAAACCUGAAUUUGCUUCACCAGCAGAUCCCAAGUAUUCGUCAAAUAGUAGCCGUAAAGUUGACAAUCUCAACGUUUUGCAAACUGUUCCGGUAAGAAAGAAUUCGCGCGACGAAUCUGCGCUACGCAUAUGUCCUAAUGAUGGUCAUCUUUCAAGACGGGGGUCAGGUGUACCCAUGGAAUGCUUUACUCAAAGCGACUUCGAGCAGGAGCUGACAGUAGCUGCGUCCCCGGAAAUUAAAGAAAGGAUGGACAAGUUGCUUAGCUGGGAGUUUCCAAUUUUCGAAUUGAGUGAGAGGUGUCAUAUUCUUACACAGACUGCUUAUAAAGUUUUUCAAAACCGUGGAUUCUUCCAGAAGUUCCAAAUUCCUGAAGAUGUGUUUUUCAGGUACUUUCGUCUGCUGGAAAGCGGUUACCAUGACAUUCCAUACCAUAACCAAAUUCACGCUGCAGAUGUAUUGCAAGGGACAUAUUACUUUACAAAUCACCGAAUAGCCGGCCUAACCGUGCCUAUCGAUGGAUCAUCUGGGCGGAGCAGUAUCGAGAAUGACAAGGUUGUGCGAAUACCUGAUCCUAACGAGCAAGAGGACGUCUAUGGCUGCCUGGCUGAUCUCAUACCAGACCUUGAGCUGAUGGCUCUUUACACGGCAUCGGCAAUGCAUGAUUUUGAUCACCCUGGCAGAACCAACGCCUUCUUAGUUGCUACGUUGAAUCCGAAGGCACUGCUUUACAACGACCGGUCUGUCCUUGAAAACCACCAUGCUGCGGCGGCCUGGGCACUACUGCUCUCAGAUCCAGCGAAUAAUUUUCUUUGUGGUUUGGAAUCUUUCGAUCUCAAGCGAUUCCGGUUCAUCGUUGUUGAACAAAUUCUGUCAACUGAUCUGAAGAAGCAUUUCGACUUCCUUACCGAGUGGAAUGCGAAGGUCUCCGAACAAGGUGGUGGCCUAAACUGGUCAAGUGAAGCAGACAGACUUCUUGUUGGCCAAAUGUGCAUCAAAUUAUCGGACAUUUCUGGACCAUCAAAGACAUGGGAUUUGCAUUAUAAGUGGACCCAAAGAAUUGUGGAGGAAUUCUAUCUUCAGGGCGAUGCAGAGGCCGCGCAGGGGAUGCCAAUUUCACCAUACAUGGACAGAACGCAGCCACGCCUGCCUCAGUUGCAAGAUUCCUUCAUCAAACACUUGGUAGGCCCUCUUUACAAUUCUUAUGGAAGAGCAGGACUUCUUCCUGGGGACUGGGUAGAGAAUGAAAUCGAUCCAGAUGACGAGAACGAUGACGAGGAGAAUUAUGAUGCCAGCAGUCAAAGUUUCACCAAUGAUUCUACGUCCGAUAGGUCAGAUGACGAGGCUGAGAUCCGGACAGUUUCGGAAAAAUUAGACAAGGCUAUAGAAAUGAAAAAGAGAAAGACCAUAUUUUGCGAAACAACCAAUAAUAUUAAUCGCAAUAUAGAGCGUUGGCAACAGGUCAUAAACGCUGAAACCAUUGUAAAGGAGUCAGAGAACAAAGUAGCAGAGGACGAAGAAGAUAAAAUGGCGAAAAGCGACAAUAACAGACAAGAGACCAUUGAGGAGGAGGAGGAAAAUGACAAUUCAGGUUCUAAUAGGGAAUGAUUGUUUAUUUAUUAAUGUAAAUGGAAUUCACAUUGUAGACAAUUCAAGAGUGCUUUUAUCAUGUUAAUAUUCUAGUACUUCAUGUAAUAAACUCACUAAUCUCAGAAAAUAAACUUACGAAAAAUGCCAAAGGUUGGGUAGUUUUAGAAGAUAGCGCGUGCAAAUUACCUCAAACUCUUUUCAGAAUACUUUCGGUCUUAUUUUCAAACCCAUUCUUAAUUCGAAAUAGGCCAUUUCUGGAAAGUUAUUUAUUCUGAAGAGCUUGCUGUGCACCAAAGAGUGUUUUUCCUUAAUAAAUCAGCUCCUCCACAUGUACAUUUUCUUUACAAUGCUUAGAAACAGAAAUAUAGAAGUGCAGAACUUGGACAGUAGUUAUCUUUGACAUAUUCCAAGCCACAACUUUUAAGUUACGAAUUUGAACUCCUUUGCUUUUAAAUAAAAUCAUUGUUUUAGUAGGAGAUAGAGGAAGCACAACCUCAGUUUCUGGAAAUCUGCCUCUCGAAACCUGGGACUAGUCAUUGCUUCUGUCGUAGCACAGGAGGCAGUGACUGGCAAAUAUUUUUAGGCAAUAACUGCUUGGAAAUGUAAGCUGCCAAGAACGGUUAAGUAUCUUGAUUGCUACAAAUUAAGUUUCAAUCACCUGGCAAACAUCUUUUCGCCUGUCUGAUGCCUUUUUAUCCCUCUCCUCUCACACAUUUCCUUGGGAUUAAUUGUAUAUAAUGUGCAAAGCAGUCUGAUAAAACAUAGCUUUAGAUUUCCGUUCCCAAAGGUUUAUUAUAAACGGGGCUUCAUUUGCACGGACACAAACCUAUGCAGGCAGAACGAAAAGUCAAAAUGACACAAGGAGGACAAAUCUGUUAGAACAGAACUGUUCUCUAAAAAACCCUAUUCUGGUGAACACUCACUUUGUUUUCCGCUUCCUGUUGAUAGGCAAACGAAAUUUUUGACUCUGCUGUAAAGAAAUUUGCAUCUCAAAGAUCUGUGAUUCAAACAGCAACAAUAUUUUCCUAUAAAUUCCCCCUCUAUAUUUUCCAUUGAAGGAUCAAGUUCAACUAAGCCCCUUGUUACGCUUUUUCCGUUGAUAUUCUUAUUAUUUAAACGGUAUAUCCCCUUUAUCUAAAACAUAUCAUUCAACCCCCCCCCCUCAUUAUUUCGAACUAGCAUUGAAGGAAUCUCCUAUUGUUAAGAUAAAACCUUUGCAGACACGGCCUUUAUUAUUUUCGUCAAAUUGACUGUAUUUUGUCGUUUUCCUUUAAAGUAUUUUAGCCAAUAAACCACUGGCAUAAAAUAAGUGUCUCCAGUUCGAAAUUUUCUCCUCGUUCUCCUCGUUUUUGAUAUUUUGUUUUCUUUUUAGCUCGUGUUGUGGUAAGCUGUUUACGUUUCAAAUGUUGAAAAAUUGAAGAUUCCUUCACCCCGUUGUAUGAAAAUUUGAAGAUUCUCGAUCAACUGCAGCAAUUAAUUCCUUUACUUGUAUUUCGUGGUAUUAUCCAGACCUCAUGUAGCAUUAUUUAUGUGACAAAGUUACGUAUUUAUAUUGUCGCUCACCAGUUUUGCCAGACAGCUGUUCUCUAAUUUCCCACGUGUUUUCUAAUAUUCGCGUUGUUGCUGUUGCUGCCUGUUGCCCGCAGUGCCUUAAGACAUAUGUCAGUAACCAAAAAGAAGUUAAUGAUGAUGUGUUAACUAUUACCCUGCAAAAUUAAUAUUUAUGCGAUAAGGUGUGUAUGAAUUUGUAAUAAAUUCACGUUGUAAUAUCUAGAGGUAUGUUAGUUGUAAAUAAAACUUAAACCUCAUGGUAAUGCUGUCAAUUUUUUUGAACAAAUCUAUGAACAGUUUGAGCAAACCUUUAUUAGCUGUAUCAAUUUUGCCUUGGAUCUUUGUGGCAGAAUAUAGGCGCUAAAUCUUGAUUGGU